AUGUUUUAUUUACAAAUAGAUAGUCUAUCUGCAAGACUCUCUGGAACCAUAUUUUAUGGAAACGCUUUAUUAUCCCUUCCAAUCUCGUGGAAAUUCUUAAAUAAUUGGAAGAAUCUAUCUAAUUUUUGGUUCAUUGGCAUUCAUCAUUCUGGUCUGAAAAUUCCUCCGGAUCGCAGCAUUAGAAUGAGAGUUAUUUUUGUGGGUUGGUUUGUCGCUGUUGGAGCUUUUGUAGAGCACAUGCUAAGCAUGAUGUCAGCGACAGGACUGCAGUGUCCUGCGAAUAAAUAUUUAGAGACUUACAUAUUGAAUUCACACGGUUUUCUGUUACAUAAACACGAAUAUUCUGUUUGGUUGGCAAUACCUAUUUUUAUUAUAAGUAAGCUGGCAACAAUAUUGUGGAACUUCCAAGAUCUAAUCAUAAUUCUAAUCAGCAUUGGGUUAGCUUCGCGAUAUAACCAGCUUAAUAGUUACGUCAAGAGAAUUAUUUCUUAUGAAAAGAAUGAAAAGAAUUGUAAUUUAGUAAACCGAAUUAUGAUUUGGAGGAAAAUAAGACAUGCUUAUUUACAUCAAUCCAAGCUUGUCAGAAAAAUUGACGAGUCGUUAGGAUUACUUGUACUUCUCUCCAAUCUGAAUAAUUUAUAUUUCAUUUGUCUCCAAUUAUUUCUGGGAAUCAGGACAGAUAAUUCCGAGCUAAUAGAAGAUAUUUACUAUUUGUACUCCCUGGCUUGGCUACUAUUAAGAGCCAGUUUUGUAGUGUUGGCUGCUUCAGAAGUAAAUCUUCACUCUACUAGAGCACUGUUGAGCUUGAAUUCUUGUACUUCAAGAAAUUACAAUAUCGAGAUAAAAAGAUUAAUAUAUCAGUUGUCACAUCAAGAAAUCUCGUUGAGUGGAAUGGGUUUCUUUUACUUGUACCGUCAGAAGCUACUAGAGGUUGCUGCUGUGAUUGUCAAAUAUGAACUCAUUAUGUUACAGUAUGACAAACAGUCAUAA